AUGCAGCGGAGCCCGGCUGGGGCUGCGGGGCUGCUGCGGCGGCGGCUGGAGGCGGCGGGCUUGGCGGUGCUGCGGGGCUUCGUGGGCGAGGGCGAGGAGGCGCUGCUGGCCGGCGAGGUGGAGCCCCAUUUGCGCCGCCGGCCCUACCAGGAUCAGCACUGGGACGGGGCAAUUCACAGAUACCGUGAGACGGAAAAAUUGCACUGGAGCCAGGAGAAUCAGGAGAUCUUGCAAAGGGUCCGGGACGUGGCGUUUCCUCCGCAAGUGCCGCAGCUCGCCCAGGUUCAUGUUCUGGAUUUGGAUAAAACAGGCUACAUAAAGCCCCACAUAGACAGCAUCAAGUUCUGUGGCUGCACCAUCGCUGGCCUCUCCCUUCUUUCCUCGAGCGUGAUGCGCCUAGUCAGUGAGCAGAAUCCGCAGGACCGGUUGGAUCUGCUCUUGGAGCGUCGCUCCCUCUACAUCCUCAGGGGACCGGCUCGCUAUGAAUUCACCCACGAGAUCCUGAAAGAUGAGGAGUCCUUUUUUGACGGCCAGAAGGUCCCUCGAGAACGAAGGAUCGCCAUCAUCUGCCGGAACCUUCCUCUGCCGUCAUCGUAGAACUGGGAACUGCAGAGACUGAUGGCUCGUCCCGUCUGGAACGUCAUGUUCUUACCUGAAUGGAGUGGGCCUGAAAUGGCUACCCCCCCCCCCCCCCCAUGCUGUGCAGCUGAGACAAAGUCUGCUCUGCGGUUCAUGGAAGAGGUUCCAGAUCUCAGGAGCUGUUUUGGAUCCUGUUCACUCUUAAGAAAUGACCAGCAGGGGCAGUUGUGUGGGGGGGAGAACCUGCUAAGAGUGGAGAGAAAUAGGCCUGAUUGCACUUGGGGGAAAUAUUGUUGAUCUCAGGAAAUAAAAGCUCUUUGCUUCUUU